AUGGCAUCCAACCAGCAGGGUGCAUGGAGGGCACCGUCGCGGCAGGCGGUUGAGGGCUGGCUCGAGCGCGUGGACGAUAUCACGGCAUCAGUGGAGGAAAUACUCCGUGAGGACGCGAUGGAGGCCGCGCGUAGGCGGCAGGAGCGGGAAGCUCGGCGCCGUCAGACGGAGCUGGACGCGAAACGUGAGAAGGUGAAGAUGCGGUAUGACCCGAGGUACUACGCUCGAUUUGAAAACGACGAGUUCAUUGACAAACUGUUGAGGGAGGCGGAGGGCGGAGGAAGGAGGGCGGGAGUAAGGGGGGACGAGUCCUCCUACACCCGUGCGGAGCGGGUCUCGCUGGAAGAGGCCCUUCGACUGAAGGAAGAUGCCGCAAAGGCGGUGCGGGCGUCAGAAUGGGCGCGGGCAUGUGAGCUCUACACUACUGCCGUCAACCUCAAUGUGGUGGACAUGGAACUGCAGCGCACGCUCCGCAACAAUCGCGCCCUUGUGCAGCUGAAGCUCAAGCGCUACCUUGGCGCCGUUGAUGACGCGAGUUAUGUGUUAACUGAGGAACCAAAUAAUGUGAAGGCGUUGCUACGAAGGGCAGAAGCACUAAGACACCUACACCGCCCUCUUGACGCAUUGAAGGAUGCAGCGGAGGCACUGAGACUGGAGCCCGCGAGCCAGGAAGCCGGGGAGCUCGCACACUGGCUGCAACGGGCGAAGGCGGAGCAAGGUGUCUGUGCCGGUUUUCAGCACCGUCAGCCGGAGGAGGCAAAGUGUCUGGCCAGUGCGGUGAACCUGUUGGUGGCGGCGGUCGCGGCUUUGCGCGAGUCUUGUGCGGAGUCCAUGGGGGGUGGACUGAGAGAUGGAGAUGACGAGAGAAAAAAUGAGAAAAAGUUAUUGGCUCAGGCUGCGGAAAGUGUGCGCGACAGCCUUGGGGUGGUGCAAUUGUUUCAUCGAGGUGCGACUGUGCUGUUUGUCCUUCUUGGAGGUUUGAAUCCGUUGAUCGAACUUGUUUGCAUGACUCUCUUCAGUGGUUGCUUAGGGCUUGUCGAUCCCGUCAGCGCUGGGGAUCUGGAGCGGCUCUCGGCACGCGGAAUAACCUUUUGCGUCGCAGCUCGCCUUUUGGCUCUUGUUUUGUUGGGUAGUGAGACUGGCGUCGAGGGACUGGAGCCCGAUACUGUGGCGAGUCUUGUGCGGAGUUUGACGGAUGUAUUGUCGGCUGCACUUCAGCAGAAAUUACAGGGAACCAAAGAAAGUACCACACUGAAACUAACGAUUGCCGUCCUGCAGCUGUUGGAAGGGCUGGCCACACGUUACCCCAUUCCGGUUCAUGACCACUGCGCUUCCGUUCUGGUGACGGCGUGGGAGGUGAUACGUAAAGGAGAGCCAGUCCCGCAGCUGCUUUUCUUUUACUGCGGCAUACUCGAGGCGCUACUCAGGGGAGCGUCCGUGUGCGCAGCGGUUGCAAGGGACGUGGAGGAACUGCUGCCGCACGUGAUUGAGGUGGCGCUAUCGGCGGGACCAGAGCCGCUAAAGGAGGUUGGUCUUUCCUUGGCUGUGCGUGCCACCUGCGUCAGUGAAGCGUGUGCAAAGGCAAUGGGCUCACCGCAGCUUACGCGUACCCUGUCAAAGGUGCUGCCGCCCUUCCAGAAAGGACACCGUACUGCACCUCUUUCCCCGCGUGUGGAGGAAGGGCUGUACGCUGUGGUGUACAACGUUCUUUUGCGGGCCGAAUCCCGCUCUCAAUAUGUGGCCCAGUGGGGAGCCGUAACAGACCCGAGCAGCAAGGGAGACUCCUCCUUUGCUUUGCGUACCUGGCGUGCGCUACUUGAACAGAUGCCUGCCAAUGGGAAAUCAACUGAGCGUCUCCCUGUGCAUGCAAAGAUGAUGGCCGUGCUGGCAAAGAUUUCACCCCACGACGAAGUGCUUCGAGAUGCCAUGCUGGAGGGCGAGGCGACGCUGUGGUCGAUGCUGAAUUUUGCACUUUCAGCACUCGAGUCUUGCGACGUCACAACUUCGGCUGCAAUGGACGAGGAAGAGACAGUGGAGACGGCUGCUGCGUGGGAGCUUGUCGAGCACUCAAGUACAUGCAUUGCCGGCUAUUACUCGAAGAACCUCCUUCUGCGGGAAAAGAGUCUCGCAACAGCAGACCGAAUUGCCGUGUUGAUGCGCAUCGUCCGUUGCGCCGGCAUCCGGCACGUGGUCGCGCUUGGCAACGCGGCGCUGAUAGCGUCAUUUGUGCCCUCCACAAGCUGCGUCCAUUUUGCGGCAGUGAGCGGCGUGGACGUGCUCUUGGAGGCUUUGCGAAGUGUGCGCGAGCUUCUCUGCACGUUGGAGCGUGACGGCGGGAAGGGGUCUACGCGGUGGAUUCAUGGCAGGGCCGCUCAGAGGAACCUCGCGAUUGCGCUCUCUCGCUGCUGCGUGGUGGAGGCUCAGCGGGAACGUCUGCGGGAGUUGAAGGGGUUUGAAACGCUCCAUGCCGUUCUUGAGGCUCAGCCCGCAUGA